CGACUGCUGUCUUGAGGAGUGGCGAAGGCUCGAGGACUGCCAUGCGGUCACUCUCUCGUGCGCCACUCAGCCGGUGAGAGUCGAAGAGGAUGGAAGUCCGUUCACUGUACUGAGACAGAGACACUACAGAGAGAGAGAAACAUUAGGCUAGUCUGAACGCUUGGUCCAGCAACAGUAUAUUUUAUCUCGGACUAGACCUUUGCUUGUGUCGGUGAUUUUUGUUCAACUUUUUGAUGAAAAGUUGUUUCCUCAGCCUAGGAGUACUGUGCUCUUUUCCAGAAAGAAAGACUUCCAGGAAUGGAGUCGAUACCCAAUCAACAACCAGCGGGACGAGACUCCAGCUCUUCCCCCAGCUCCAAGCAGGACGUUCAGCCCUUCUCCAGCCCCAUCUCACUGAAGCCUAACCAAGUCAGCGAGACCGCGUUGUAUGGAGUGCACAUCGUGUCUUUGGUCAUAGAUGGCCAGGAAAGACUUUGCUUGGCGCAGAUAUCCAACACAUUGCUAAAAAACUACAGUUACAACGAAAUCCAUAACCGACGCGUUGCUCUUGGAAUCACCUGCGUCCAGUGCACGCCCGUCCAGCUCGAGAUACUGAGGCGCGCUGGCGCCAUGCCAAUCUCCUCGCGGCGCUGCGGUAUGAUCACCAAGCGGGAGGCGGAGAGGCUAUGUAAAUCAUUCCUAGGUGCUCACAACCCACCAAAGCUACCGGAAAAUUUCGCUUUUGAUGUCUCUCAUGAAUGCGCUUGGGGAAGCAGAGGUAGCUUCAUACCUGCAAGGUAUAACAGCUCGAGGGCCAAGUGCAUUAAAUGCACAUAUUGCAACAUGUAUUUUUCCCCGAAUAAAUUCAUAUUCCACUCCCAUCGCACUCCCGAGUCCAAGUAUACACAGCCAGACGCAGCAAACUUCAAUUCGUGGAGGCGCCAUCUCAAACUAACAGACAAAAGCUCGUCAGAUGAUGUUGCCCACGCGUGGGAGGAUGUUAAAGCGAUGUUCAACGGGGGAAGUCGUAAGAGGACGCUACCUAUGAGUGGGUCAUCCAUGUCCUCUCCUUUGAAGUCACAUUCCACCAGUAACCCAACCCAAAGAAGUUCCCCUGAGGUACCCCAUAAAACGUUGCGCUGUGACGAAGACCGAGGUAGGCCUAACAUCAGUCUGUCAAAUGGCGUCCGGAACUACCCGGUUAUCCCUGUGCCCAGCAAGAGCUUUGGGAUGCUUCAAAAGAUCCCGCCACCGCUCUUCCCCCACCCGUAUGGAUUCCCUGCGUUUGGACUGUGUCAAAAGAAGGACGACGGAGUGGGAGAGACAAUUAAAACCAACGUUUCGGGUGUCUUUUGGCCAGGAGCAAAGGACAGUAUCUAUCCCUCUUUCCCGAUGUUCUGGCCUACAGCCGGUGGCCUACCGAUGCCACCGUAUCAACAGUCACCAGCCAAACCACCCACAGAGCUCUUAAGUGUCCGACAGAGUGAUCUCGAGUUAUCGGAUCAAAGUGACCGGUGCGCAAACACACCUAAGGAUAGCUUUCACGACAGCGAGCGGUGCUCUAGCUCACAAUCCACCCGGAACGACGAGGAUAAAUCCGGGGAUGAGGCCCGGUCGACGGAAGGACCCCCCACAACUCCACGGAAGAUAAAUUACAUCUCUGCGUUCAGACCUGUGGUGAAAGACGCCGAAAGCAUUGCAAAGCUAUACGGCAACAGGGACACGUACAGCGGUGUGCGCUCUGGUUACCUAUCGCCAGAUUUCGUGAGUGAAAGUUCUAGCUAUAGGUCUAUGUCCCCGGAUGUGGAUAGCGCGGACGACCCAGACGUUGACGUGGAGUCAAACAGGGCACAAGAGGAUGAAGAGUCAGUCCAACUGUCCGUGGAGGACCGUCAGAGUCCCCCGCCCCUCAACUCAGCCCAUUCCGGGCCUGAAGAUAGUCAAGAGCUGGGGACAAGUCCAGGACCACACCCGGAAGAUCCCCACUCCGGGUCCUCUGAUGACGAGAGGCAGGGUGGACAGGUGUCAGAGCGCCAUGAUACACCCGUGUACGAAGUGUACACACAUGAAAAGGAUGGACACAUGCCUUUGACCGGUCCAUCUACGUUUGGAUCAAAACACAGCAGCCCAUUGCAAUCGAACGGUGUCCUCCAUGUUUCCGACCCACAUAAACAACGUUCUCCUACAAGAGAGGACGUUCCACAGAGAGCCUUUCAGGACCAAGCAAAGGAAAGCCCACCAUGCGAUGGGGCAUUACGUCAGCAUGACGUCAGUAUGAUCCACGAAAAAGAUAUCGAAAACAUGGCUAAAGAGGAACUUCAGAAACAGCUUGUCGAACAAGUGGAGCUCAGAAAAAAGUUGGAACGCGAAUUUCAAAGUUUAAAAGAUAAUUUUCAGGACCAAAUGAAGAGGGAACUGUCCUACAGAGAAGAGAUGGUCCAACAGCUUCAUAUUGUCCGAGACACUUUGUGCAGCGAGUUGGAUCAAGAAAGAAAGGCGCGUUAUGCAAUACAACAGAAGCUAAAAGAAGCUCAUGAUGCCCUGCACCAUUUCUCCUGCAAGAUGCUGACCCCUCGCCACUGUACUGGAGCCUGUACUUUCAAACCCCCUCUGCUGCCUCCAUAAUAGACCACAAGACCCCCACUGACUCCAGUACAGCUCACUGCAGCCAAAAAGAGAGAGACCCACCUCAAGUAGUCACAGUCUCUCCGUAACUUCUUUGCCCUCCCUCACCAGUCAUCCAAGGAUUCACAACCUGUGUACACACUCCAGCUCUAUUUAUUUAACACAGAGGAAGUGGCUAUGGAGGUUAGGAGAACUAGACCUUCCAUUGAAAAGAACUCUUGAAGAUACACCAAGACCAAACGACUGGUCCAUUGUAUGUGUUGUAUUUAUAGACAGUUAUCAAGUUGUAAAGAGCUCUUGAUAUGGACACAGCAAGUCCCUUUGAAUCAUAAUCCAUUGCUCUUUAUAUAUAUAUAUAUGUG